AAGAUCAUCUUAAUUGAGAAAUCAAUAAGUCGUUUUGUUAGUCUUUUUCUUUCUUUUUAGUUUGGACAAGAAUCAGUCAAAUGGAUUUGGUGUCUGACCUUCCGUAAAGACGUUUGAAAAAGAAACAUUAUUUAUCAUAAAACCAAUAAUCGAAAUUUCACCUUCAUUAAAGAUUAUUUCUAUCCUGGCUUCGUUGCCUUUGCUAUAUAUGCGGUAGGUGAAGUGAACAGAUUCUUCAUUUCGUCGUUUUGAAUGAUUAGAUUUAAAGAGCUCGUUACAGAGCCAAUUAAGUCUGACUUCACGGUCUGGUGCGCGCUGGAGCGCAAACGGGCAGGCAGGGUUGCGUAUGGAGACCAGAACCGGACCGUCAUCCAAAAUACCAAGUUAAAGAGGUCGGAUAAUUUUUUGUGAGUUUCAGUCUGAAAGCUGAAUUUAUUGUCAGUGCAAAGCAGUGAGGUGUUUCUACCGGACUGAUGGCGUCUUCCGCACCUUCGUCCUCGGCUGGCGAUAUGGACCCAAACACGGCUAAUUUACGACAACCUGCCACAACCAGUGACGCGUGGUACGGGGUUGCACACGGAUGCACGAGGAAACUGGGAAUGAAGAUAUGUGGUUUCCUGCAGAAGAACAACAGUUUGGAUGACAAAAAUCGUUUGGUGGGCGCCUUCAAGGAGAGCUCCAAAAACCAGUGUGACAACAAUGAACACUUCACACGCACAGAGACAGACUUCUCCAACCUGUUUGCUCGGGAUCUACUGCCUGCUAAAAAUGGAGAGGAACCCACAAUCCAGUUUCUCAUGGAGGUGGUGGAAAUCCUCACAAAUUAUGUACGCAAGACCUUUGACAGAUCCACCAAAGUGCUUGACUUCCAUCACCCCCACCAGCUCCUGGAGGGAAUGGAGGGCUUCAAUCUGGAGCUGUCUGACCAACCGGAGUCUCUGGAGCAGAUCCUGGUGGACUGCAGGGAUACGCUCAAGUAUGGAGUGAGAACAGGUCAUCCUAGGUUUUUUAAUCAGCUUUCAUCUGGACUGGACAUCAUUGGUCUUGCUGGAGAGUGGCUUACAUCUACUGCUAACACUAAUAUGUUCACAUAUGAGAUCGCACCUGUGUUUGUCCUGAUGGAGCAGCUGACCCUAAAGAAGAUGAGGGAGAUCAUUGGUUGGCCUAAUGGUGAUGGCGAUGGACUUUUCUCACCAGGGGGCGCCAUAUCAAACAUGUACAGUGUGAUGGUUGCGAGGUAUAAAUACUUCCCAGAAGUCAAAACUAAAGGCAUGUCCGCUGCACCAAGACUUGUGCUCUUCACAUCUGAAUAUAGUCAUUAUUCAAUCAAAAAGGCUGGAGCUGUAUUGGGCUUUGGCAAAGAAAAUGUCAUCCUUCUCAAGACAGAUGAGAGGGGGCGUGUCAUACCAGCGGACUUAGAGGCCAAGAUCAUCGAUGUCAAACAGAAGGGUUACGUGCCGUUGUUCGUGAAUGCGACGGCUGGCAGCACAGUCUUUGGAGCGUUCGAUCCCAUUAAUGACAUCGCUGACAUUUGUGAGAAAUACAACCUGUGGCUACACGUGGAUGGUGCAUGGGGUGGAAGUCUGUUGAUGUCUAGGAAACAUCGCCACAAGUUAAGCGGCAUUGAGAGGGCAAACUCAGUCACAUGGAACCCUCAUAAGAUGAUGGGCGUACCGUUACAAUGUUCAGCCAUCCUGGUCAGAGAGAAGGGCAUCCUGCAGGGCUGCAACUCGAUGUCUGCUGGAUAUCUCUUCCAACCAGACAAACAGUACGAUGUCACCUACGACACAGGAGACAAGGCCAUCCAGUGUGGCAGACAUGUGGACAUCUUCAAGUUCUGGCUCAUGUGGAAAGCCAAGGGCACAGUUGGGUUCGAGCAGCACAUUGACAAAUGUCUGGAGAUCUCUGAUUAUCUUUACAACAAAAUCAAGAACCGUGAGGGAUAUGAAAUGGUCUUUCAAGGCCAGCCCCAGCAUACAAAUGUUUGCUUCUGGUACGUUCCACCGAGUUUGCGCGGCAUGCCAGACGGAGAUGAACGAAGAGAGAAGCUACACAAGGUGGCGCCAAAAAUCAAAGCAAUGAUGAUGGAGUGCGGUACAACCAUGGUAGGAUACCAGCCACAGGGUGACAAAGUCAACUUUUUCCGAAUGGUCGUCUCGAAUCAUGCAGCCACCAAAUCUGACAUCGAUUUCCUCAUCGAUGAGAUCGAAAGGUUGGGUAACGACCUGUGAGAGCGCCGCUCUGCUGGAUGGAGGCCACGAUUUCAGCUCCAAUGCACAAUGCAUUUACACAUCCACUCAAAGCAACAGACUUUGCGUUCUGCACGUUUAUUGGCUAUGUUUCAACAUCGUGUUGUGGUCCAAUAUGUUCUGUCCUCUAUAUUAUUAAAUAUUUAACUUGCAGAUUACAACGUCUCGGUAGCUACAGUCACCUUACAGCAUAGUUUAACUUCAUUGGAAUCGUACUCUGAUGUGUGUACCAGUCGGUGCUCUGUUUGUACAUACUACAUAUAUAAAGACAAGACGCAGCACCCUUUCAAUGAAGCUCAAACCCCUUUCUGUGUAGUUGUGGGGUCUGUGUGUGAACCAGUGGUUGUGAUACAAACUGUAUUUGAGUGUUGUGUUCCUAGAUCUUACCUUGUUAGUAGGUCAUAUAAAGCGACUACUCGGCACCUUUGUGAGGUGAAAGAUAAGUAUUUCAUUUUUUAGUACUUUGAAAUGAAUAUAUAAUUAUUAUGUGACCUGAGGUGUGUUCAAAGGUUCAGUUUUUUUCCAUUUGUAAUGUUUAUUCACUUGUAUUUUAUAAAAAAAUUAUUAUAAUCAAAUACGUUUAAUGUUUAUGGUCCAGUGGUGUACUUGUGAGCCAAAGACAGAACUAGUGCCAUACAUUUACUAUACACUCAAUAUUAUAAGCAAGCAUAUAAAUGAUAAUAAUCUAUAGACAUUUAUAUAAACAUAAUGUAUAUGUUUGUUGUUCAACAGGCCCUUAACUCUGUGCAAUCAGUGUGUUAUAAUGUGUGUAAACUGUGCGUAUAUUUGACUGAAUGUUACGAGCAAUCCUCUCAAUUAUUUGAAAUAUGUUAGUUACAAUAACAGAUAUUUAAUACUGUUUAUUAAUAUUCUACUCAGGCGACUAUAGCGAUGCAUUUAGUGUAAAAAAAGAAACAACAAGAGAAAAUGAAUAAAGCAAAAAGCACAAACUUUGAAGACUGAAAAUGUCCUCAGGAUGCUGAAAGAUUGUGUAAUAUAAACAUUUAUUAAAGGUUUAUUGAUAUUUCCAUACUGUAUUUAGAUUCAACUGUUGUGAGUCUUUGAAACAUGUGAAAGAUGAGUGUUUAUUUAAUCUUGUCUUUGUUCAAAGUGUUUUUGAUGACUAAAAUCUGCACAAUAAUCUUUAUCCUGUAUUGUUGACAGUAUAUUAUACGUUGAAUGUGAGGAGGUCGCUUGGGGCCUCUCAGUACGACUGGCACUUUAAAAUGCAAUCACAAUAUAUGUAAACUGUUACUUACACUUGUACAGUGCAUAAUAAAAUCUAUUAAAGUAUAAGAAUGAUCUGUUAGUCGUCAAUUUAAAAUGUAAAUUAUAUGAUAUACACUGGAAUAUAUUAUUAUAUAUCUUAAACUGUUAUUUUAAUGCUAAAAUAAACUGGUUUCAUUCUGUA